UAUUCCCAUGUUUCCCAUGGCAGAAUGCAUACAUUUUGUAUUUAACAACUACCAGAGUUUUUUUUUCUUAAUCACACAUUGAUUUUGAAAAACAUUGCAUUUUUUUAUUGGUCUCAAACACAAAAACCUGUAGUUCUGAAUGCUGCAUACACUCAGGGCAUUCUUUUCCCACUUGUAAAUGCUUGUGAACAUGUACACUGAACUGUGAAAUCAAAUAUUAUCUAAUAACAAUUGCUAUAUUUGUCAGAAAACCAUAAUUUGAUAUUUUAGUGACAUUUCUUGUAUGACCAAUUAAAAUGGAAAAGCACAAUCCACUCUGCCCAAAUUGUAUCAUGACCAUCUUUAAUAAUAGCCCAAUUAAAUGCAGCUAUUUAUAUACCUCAGUAGCAAUGAAUAACAUGUGUAUGUGUUAGGUAUGUUACCUGGUGGGGCACUAGGACCCUGUGGAGGAGGCGGCUCGUGCUCCUGGCUGCCUCCUGCUUCAUCUCUGCAGUCACAGAGUGGAGGAGAGCAGGGGCUGAGCUGCUGUGCCUUUGGAAGUGCUUUAGCAUCACCAUCGUCUCCUCAGUAAAAUAUGUCUACCACCUUUGUCAUCAUCUGGGGAGAGGAUGCAAGCAGAGACACAUCAAGGCUAGCCUACAGGACCUGCAUGUUUUCAAAGAACACUGAUUGAUGUCCACUCCACACUGAGCAGGGGGAGCUACCAGUUUUUCAUCUUAAGAGACUAAAAGCAGCAGACAGCAGCAUCAAGAAAUACUUUUGGAUCAGGAAGUGUAUACCCUAAUGGCCACUCAUUACUCUAAGUCACCCACCUUUGGACUGCCCACCACCUUGUGACCUUGUUUUGAGCCCCUGUUUUCCGUCGUUCUUCCUGACGCAGAAGGAUGGGUGAUGGGCCUGUGAGCUGUCUCGCCUGCCUGCCUCGUCCCACCCUCCAAUGGAGUCGCUGUGGAACUCCUCCCAGUCCCCUCCACUGUCCAACACUUCAGCCUCGGCGCUGGCUGAAGGGUGGGCUGUGUCCCAGGCUCUAGCUCUGGUGGCCAUGCUGUUGAUGGACCUGGUGGCAGUAGUGGGGAACAUAGCUGUGAUGGCGGUCAUUGCUAAAGCUCCUCAGCUCCAUAAGUUUGCCUUCGUCUUUCACCUGUGCUUGGUGGACCUUCUAGCUGCGCUGGUCCUCAUGCCUCUGGGAAUGCUAUCGAGCCGAGCCUUCUUCGGAGAGGCUCUGUGCCGGAGCUACCUCUUUCUCAGUGUGUGCCUGGUCAGCGCUGCUAUUCUGUCCAUCUCUGUCAUCAAUGUGGAGCGUUACUACUACAUCAUACACCCAAUGCGCUAUGAGGUCAAGAUGACAGUGGGUCUGGUGGCCUCUGUGCUGGUGGGCAUCUGGGUGAAGGCCCUCAUCAUGUCUGCACUGCCGCUCAUUGCGUGGUUCCUUCAAGGGGGAAAAGCUCCUCUGCUAGAGAGUGGUAGUGUGGGAGCGGGAGGUGGUGGUUCGGUCCCCUCACCCCCGACUCAGGGCCACCGGCGCUGUUCCCUCCACUGGACAGGAGGGGGCUCCAACCGCUUGGCCUUCAUGGUUCUUUUCACACUUGUUUACUUCCUGUGUCCACUACUUGUUAUCCUGGUUGUGUACUGCAAUAUGUUCAAAGUGGCCCGUGUUGCAGCAAUGCAUCAUGGGCCUUUGCCGACCUGGAUGGACACGCCUCGUCGUCAGCGCUCUGAGUCUAUGAGUAGUCGUUCCACCAUGGUCACCAGCUCUGGUACAGGCAGCGGGACAGGUAGAGCAACUCCUCAGCGGCCCUUUGGAGGGGGGAAGGCAGCUGCGAUCCUGGCUGCAGUUGGAGGUCAGUUCCUGUGCUGCUGGCUGCCAUAUUUCUCCUUCCACUUGUACUCUGCUCUGGCCUCCAGCUCCCCGGCUGCCCUUGCCUCAUUGGAGGAGAUCGUCACCUGGAUUGGUUAUUUCUGUUUUACAUCCAACCCUUUCUUCUACGGCUGUUUAAACAGGCAGAUCAGAGAGGAGCUGGGGAAGCAUUUGCCUUGUCUGUUCCGACGUUCUGGGGUGGAGGUGGAGGAGAGGCUGCCCAGUCGGGAUGGUUCCAUAGAAGAGAACUUCUUGCAGUUUCUUCAGGGCACUGGGUGUAACCUGGACCCUCAGAACUCCCACAGCACUUCAAGCCCCAAAGGAGAAGGUUGCUGUCCUGCAGCUCAGGCUCUGCCUCCUGAACCUCCACAGCCAAUCCCAGUUGAUUUCCGUAUUCCUGGACAAAUUGCAGAAGAGACCUCUGAGUUUACUGAGAGUGACCAAGUAAAAAAUAAUCAUAUAUAUACAGAAAACUAAGCUUUUAUCACAGGCGCUGUAUUUUUGAAAAUAAGUCUUCAGAUAAAAUAUGUUUCAGGUGUUGCUUUAAUUAAGGUGUACUCCUCUAAAUGCUACAGAGCAAGAUAUUUAAAAUAACUGAGUAUGCACUUUGCUUCAUUAGUUUUAAAUGGAUAUAAAACAUCAAGAAUUUUCCAUACAGUAAAGCUUUUGUACGCAUUUUAACAGUUGAACAGGGAUUUAAUAUUUUACUUUGUUUUUUCUGAUGGCCUUCCAUGCAACCACUCAGCUCUGUACAGAAAACUACUACUCAGUGAAUGAACUGUUGAGAUUUUGUCUUAGUCAGUAAGUUUACAUUAAAACAGUAUGAAACUUGGCAACAUUUGCUCUAAUACAAAACAAACUGAAUGUGAUUAUACUUCUGUAACACUUCCCUAUUGUUAUUCCACAUGUAAGACAAUUAUUGUGUAACAUUUUAGAUUGAUGUUGACUACUCUGAAGUAGAAGAUUUAGUACACAGAAAUUACACAUUAAAAGUAAAACAUAAAAUCAACAUUUAGUGGAUCAUAAUCUUAAACUUGCCUUGAUUCAUUGGGAUGCCCUCAGUGAUUUGACAAUGCACAAAACAGUUUACAGAUUGACCAUUAUUUCUUGCCCCUGAUGUUAUAAUUAUAAAUUUGAUCUGAUGUAGUUACAUCUUCAGGUUCUUUUAAGUGUUGUUUUUACCCCAUACUGUAUGAUCAUAUGUGCAGAAUAAAAAAAACUACAGUAUUAGGAUAUUCAUUACAAUCCAUAUGUAAUUUGUGUCAUUAUACUUUUUCUUGUGAAUA